AUGGAUCGAGAAGGUGGCGAUAACCCAGCAGUGGCAGAGCCAUUCUGAGUCGUGGCGUGAGGAGGUCAUUGAUUUUAUAAUGAGUGGUCAACUGCCACAGCUCACAAGGAAAACUUCACAUUUUUAGUAGAACUUCACUUGCAUGUUUGGAUUAUCCAGUCAAACAUAAGUGAGUUAUUUUGGAACCAGAAUGUCCAGCUGGCAGCAGAAACAAUUUAUAGUAGAUGCAAAUGACUCAUUCAGAACAUUUGAUUAUGAUGACAAGCUUCCAAACUUACCUGUACCAUCACUAGAACAAACAAUUCAACACUAUCUAGAGUCAGUUAAACCAUUUGCUGAAAGUGAUCAAGAGUAUCAGCAAACAAACAAAAUUGCCCAUGACUUCCUGGUUGGAGAAGGAGCCUACUUACACUCAAAGCUGUUGCAACAUGCAAUGAAGAAUAGAAAUUGGGUGGAAAAAUGGUGGGAAGAUUAUGCCUACCUAAGCCUGAGAGAGCCACUUCUCCCACACUGUAAUAUGGUGGGACCACACCCCACAUUGCCUGGAUACCCGUAUGGCCCUGAACAGCAAAUUAGGUUAGCAUCCGCUUACUGCCACCAAAUGACAAGACUGUGGCAACUACUGCGGCAGGAGAGACUGAAGCCGACUGUCACUGCCACCAAACAACCACUUAGUAUGGAUCAGUUCCGCAGGAUCUACAACUGCUCAGUCACACCUGGCUCACCCAAGGAUACAAUGAAGGCAUUCUUUAAGACUGAGCGAGAGGGGUUCUGUCCAUCACAUGUGGCGGUGCUGAGCAAGGGUCACAUGUUUCUGGUGGCAGCAGUGAGGCAGGAUGGGCAGCCAUUGUCACAGUCAGAGUGGGAACAUCAGCUGACCAUUGUGCAGCAGACAGCAGCCGCACAUCCUGGUCAGGACGUCCCUUACCUAUCCUGCGACCACCGCUCAACUUGGGCACAGAACAGACAACACCUGAAGGAACUGGCCCUUGUGAAUGCUGAGAUUCUAGACACUGUUAGCUCUGCCAUGUUUGUGUUGUGCCUGGACGACACUUGCCCCACAUCAGAAGCUGCCAUCAGCCACCAACUGCUGUGUGGAGACUAUCGCUGUCGGUGGCCUGACCACGCUUCUAAUGUUGUCUUCUUCAGCAACGGCCGGUCCGGAGGAAUAUGUGUGCACUCGGCUUUUGAUGGGAUUGUGAGUGGUGUAGCGACGUUAUUUGCCCACUCAGGUGUAAUUGAGUCAAUUAGAGACUGCAUCAGCUCUCCGAUAUCUCCAAACUUGACUGAACCUCACCAGUUAAAGUUUGUACUUGAUCCUUUCAUCCAAUCCGAGAUUAAAAGAGCAAAGAUUGCUCAAGAAGUGGAGAAAAGCAAAGUUACCAUGUGUACAGAAGUUUUUAACCUAUUUGGAAAGCAGAGAAUACAAAAUCUUAAAAUUCAUCCAGAUUCUUUUAUUCAAAUGGCUCUUCAACUAGCUUAUUUCAGAUUACACUCCAGAUUUGCACCAUGCUACGAGACUGCUACUACUCGGAUUUUCUAUCAUGGCAGAACAGAGACAGUUCGCUCCUGUACUGAACAAUGUGUUCUCUGGGUAAAAUCCAUGAUGAGACCACAUGAAAAAGACCAAACACGCGCCAAACUUCUACUAAGAGCCAUAGACAAACACAAUGAGUUAAUGGCCAAAGCACGCAAUAAUGAAGGCUGUGAUCGUCAUUUGUUUGGACUUUAUUGCAUAGCAGUGGAAAAUAAUCUACCUGUACCCCAGCUAUAUCUUGAUCCAUUGUAUAAAAAAAGUGGUGGUGGUGGCAACUUUAUAUUGUCAACUAGCCUGCUAGGUUACUCUCCCACAGCAGGAGGAGUCUCUCCAAUGUGCCUUAAUGGCUAUGGUGUUUUCUACAGUAUCUCACCAGAGAGUUUGAUGUUCACCAUCUCUGUACGAAGGGACAGCCCAGAAACAAGUUCCAACAAACUGUUCCAAUCGUUACAUCAUUCUCUUCUUGACAUGGUGUCCCUUUUGGAGGCACACAUGUCUUCUAAACUGUAGAAUGAAAGAUGAUCGUUUUACUACCACUUUGAAGGCUGAUGUCACACACCAAAAAUAUUUUUUAUGAUGUAUUGUAUAAGGUUAUUUCCUACAUACAUAAUAGGGAUAUGACUGUUGAUGCUGGUUUUAAGUUUUGCAUGGGGUAAAAGUCUAUUGUUGGGAUUUACAUAGUCCUGUAGUCAUUCAACUACAACUGUUGUGCACUACAUGCUUGAAAUAUGCUACUGUAAUAAUUGGUUGAGGUAAUUGACUGAGAAUCGGUUAACAAACUUUAGCACAAGUUAGUUCAGUAGCACGUACUAAUACUAGUGGCAUAUCUCAGGCUGCUUGACACUAGCUAUAUUUACUUAGCAGUUUGACUUAAACUCUGGCAAUAUAAUGGUUAAAUAUAUUAAAAUGAACAUAAUUUACCUCCAAACCUAAUUGUCUAAUCUUUGGGUCAUUUUAAUAUUCCUUGUAAUAUGUCCUAUUUUAUUGGUUAUGUACAUUUCAAGAUUAAGAUUUUCAAAGCAGUAAAAAAUUGUACCAGUUAUUUUUAAUUUUAUAUCUAAAUUAAAAUAUUUGUUCAUAGAAAUCUUAUAAUUUAUUUAACCAUUCCUUAAUUUUAGGUCCACAUUUUCAAAGUAUAUAUAUAUAUAUAUAUAGUAUUUGAAAAUGUGG